AAAAGAGAGAGAGCACCAGAGAGAAUGAAAGAGAGAGAAAUAGAUGUAGAGAGAUAUAUAAGAUAUAUAUAAGAUAGAGUGAAGCAGAUAGAGAAAGAGAGAGGGAGCUGUAAGGAGAGAGAAUAAAGGAACACUGGGCACAUAGCGAUCAGAUAGCUCCUGGCUGCUGAUUGGUUCUUUUCUUCAGGGUGGUCCUUUUAAAUGUCCCUCCCCCUGUGAUUGAAUGGAGGUGAGGCUUUGUGUGUGUGUAUAUAAAAGUGUGUAAGAUAGUGAGUGUGUGUGUGAGCACCUGUGCGGGACUGUUACUGGCUGCUAAGAGGAGACAGACUUCAGCAGGAAUCAUCAUCAUCAUGCUACUAAAACUCUUCAUCCUCCUCCUCCUCCUCGUCCAGGAUCAGGUGCUGGCUGGAGAAACUCACUCCUCUUCCUCUGAGGAAGAUGGCAGCAGUGAGCAUGAUGAUGAUGAGCACGAGAAAAGUUCAUCUCAUGAACAUCGAUGGGGAUAUGAAGAUCAAGAAGCAUGGAGAUCUGCUUACCACGACUGCAACGGAAAAUCUCAGUCUCCCAUUGAUAUUGAGACCAGCAAGGCCAUCUAUGAUCGCAGCCUGCCUGCGAUAAAGCUGGACGGUUACGAUCUAACUGACCAACCUGGUCUGAAGUUGCACAACAAUGGACACACGUUGCAACUGUCUCUGCCCAGCAGCAUGCGUAUACUGAAGGGCUUUGAUGAAAUCUACCUGGCUGCCCAGCUUCACUUCCACUGGGGCACCAUAGAGGUCCCCGGCUCAGAGCACACCAUAGAUAACGUUCACUUCCCUGCUGAGAUCCACGUUGUUCAUUAUAACUCCAAAUAUGCUGAUUUAGCAGAGGCUGCGAGGAAAAAAGAUGGAUUGGCUGUAUUAGGAGGCUUUAUUGGGAUUGGACUUCAUGAGAAUGAAAACUAUGAGAAAAUCCUGUCUGCACUCACAGAUGUUAGUAUAGAAGAGUCUAACACAAUGAUCCCGGGUUUUAACAUCCGUCACCUUCUACCAAACAAUCUGGAGAAGUUUUAUAGAUACAACGGGUCCCUGACCACUCCGCCAUGCUUCCAAACUGUCAACUGGACCAUGUUCAACGACACCAUUACAGUGUCAAGAAGACAGCUGGCGGCUCUGGAGAAAACACUAAAAGCAGGUCAAAAUCAGCUCCUGUCCAAAAACUUCAGAGCACCUCAGCUUCUUCAUGGAAGACGAGUCCUGGCCUCAUUCAGCGCUUCUCCCAGUGUGGACAGUGCCAACACCAACACAUUUACUGGGGAAAAGAGUUUACCGAAGGUUAAAACAAGUGGAACGUUUGAUGACAUGUCCAAAGGAGAUGUAUUAGCCAUUGCCUUUGGAGCCUUAUUCGUCAUGACUUUGCUGGGGUUCUCCGCAUAUGCAUAUCAACAGAGGAAAAAGUACUCAAAAAUCAAAAAAGACACCAGACAAAAUGUUAUUUAUAAACCAGCAACCAAAGAAGAGGUAUAGACGUGAAAAAGAUGCUUGGUUUUCAGAAAAAAUGUCAAAUAUUUAUACUGGAAUUGUUUUUUUUUUUGAAUACUUAAGCAGCUAUUGAUAAGUGUUUCAAAGCAAAUUCUGCUGCCUGCAAAAAGAACCAUAGAUCUCUAAUCCACUGCUGUUAUUUAGUGUGUUUUCUCACUGUGAGUUAAGGAAAACAAGAUGUCUAAAUUUGUCACAGUAGUUUUUGUAAUUGUGAAAUGGUCAUGCAUGGUGGGAAAUCACUUAAACUAGGAAUAUUUUUAACCAUAUUAUAUUUAUAAUGUUUUACCCUGUCUAUUUUGUUUACAAAAUGUUUUGUUUAAUAAAAUAUUUCCACUAUAUCACCAAAAGUAUUCACUCACCAAUCCCAAUCAGUUAAAUUCAGUGUUAAGCAGAACACCAAGCACUUAGUCUUGCAGAUUGCUUUUACCAACAUUUGUUACAGAAUGAGUCACUCUUAUGAUCUCAGUGAAGUCCUGGGUGGCACAGUGAUGGGUACCGUGUUCUCUGGAGUGAAAAAUCACACUUAUCCUUCUGCUAAUCUGAUAGACAAAUCUGGGCAAAUGCUAGGACAAUAAAAUGCCUCUGAAUGCAUUAUGCCAAAUGUAAAGUUUUGUUGGAGUUGUAUUUCAGCGAAAGGAACUCUUAAUGCUUCAGCAGUCCAAAAGAUUUUAGACAAUUUCAGGAUCCCAACUUUGCGGAAACAGUUUGUGGACGGCCCCUGCCUGUUCAAACAUAACUGAUCACCACUGCACAAAGCAAGGUCCAUAAAGACAUGGAUAAGCGAGUUCGAUGUGGAAGAACUUGACUGGCUUGCACAGAGUCCUGACCUCAACCCAAUAGAACACCUUUAGAAUAAAUUAAAGCAGAGACCUUACAAAUGUGCUUCUGAAAGGAUGGUCAAACAUUCCAAUAAAAAGACUCCUAAAUCUCAAGAUGAAGAGAGAGAUGAAGCUGUUGUAGCUACAAAGGGUAGGCUAGCAUCAUAUUAAACUCUAUGGAUUAAGAACGGGAUGUUAUUUGUUCAUAUGUGCACAAAGAGAGAUGAGAGAGAACUUUUGGCAAUAUAGUGAAGUUCUGGUUUCAGAACAUACUGUAAAUACUGCAGGUCAUAUCACUGGCCUAUAACGCGCACACAUAUCACUAAUCAAUGAGGUAAUAGUGAUGUAUUAUGUCAAUCUCAAUAAAAAAUGUUUGUUUCUAAACAA